CACAGAGGACUCUGCAACACUCAUUCUCUCUCUUUUGUCUGUCUCUCUCUGGUCUGGAAGGAAAUUAAGAAAAGUUGAGAUUCUUCAAGUAGGUGAGCAAGUCAGAUAACCCCAAAAUUGAUUUGAUAAUAUUUGGAAACUGGAAAUAAAUUAUUCUCAAGGCUCUGAGGUUGUUCUCCGGAUGCUCCUUGAAGACUCUGUUUCUUUGAUGUUUAGAAUCCUGGCAUCAAUUCUGAACUUUCUUGGGAAAAGUGACCUGUGCCCUUUAAUUUCUAGGAUGAUAUCAACUUCUUGAAAAUGGGUACCCUGUUGAUCUGUGAAUGGUAGCAACUCCUCAAGAAAAGAGUUCCAAGCAAUCCUGACUGGUAUUAGGGCCUGCCUGCCGAUAUACCUUUGAUGCAAGCUUCACAAAAUCGUAUAAGAUCGAUCAUGUCUGAUACAUUAUAUUAUAAGCUGGUGCAAGAGGUUGAUCCCUAUUUUCAAGACUUGGGCCCCCAGUUCAGCCAUGGUAACAGCAGCCAGGGGAGUAACUUCUCCUUGCAGACUUCCCGGGAAAAGUAUCGGACCCUGGAGUCAUCUUCAGCAACUGGCUGUUACACUGUCCACAAUUCACCCUCGACUUUCAGUUUCUCAGCCGGUGAAAGCCCCAUGUCGCAGCAAGAGUGUCAGUCAUACCCUCCAGAACUAGGGCACUACUCUCCCGACAACAACUACGGCUCCCCAAAAAGCGGUUCCUGCAUAACUGAAGAUGUCAAUGAACUUAAGCAUAAGCUGCGGGAACUGGAAACUGUAAUGCUGGGACCUGAUUCUGAUUUAUUUGACAGUUAUGAUAGUACCUUGCAGGGAGGUGUAGCCUCAAUGGAGAUGGAGAGCUGGAGACAAACGAUGGAAGAAAUCCCGAGACGGGACUUGAGACAGGCUCUGGUUGCGUGCGCAAAAGCAGUAUCAGAAAAUGACCUGUAUACCACACAAGGGCUGAUAGCUGAUCUGCGCCAGAUGGUGUCGGUGUCCGGUGAACCGAUUCAACGUUUGGGAGCAUACAUGCUGGAAGGACUGGUUGCAAGAUUGGCAUCCUCGGGGAGUUUGAUUUACAAAACCUUGACGUGCAAAGUACCAGCCAGUGCCGAGCUUCUAUCCUACAUGCACAUUCUUUAUGAGGUUUGCCCCUACUUUAAGUUUGGGUACAUGUCUGCAAAUGGUGCUAUUGCAGAAGCAAUGAAGGAUCAAAAGAGGGUUCACAUAAUCGACUUCCAAAUCGCUCAGGGGGCUCAGUGGGUGACUCUGAUCCAGGCUUUUGCCGCCAGGCCUGGUGGGCCGCCUCACAUCCGCAUUACAGGUAUAGACGACUCCACAUCAGCUUAUGCUCGUGGAGGGGGCCUUGACAUUGUGGGGAAGAGGCUAUCAAGGCUUGCCGAAUCAUUUAAGGUGCCGUUCGAGUUCCAUGGUGCAGCCAUGUCUGGAGGAGAUAUUAGGCCGGAGAAUCUUGGGAUUCGACCAGAGGAGGCUCUUGCUGUGAAUUUCGCGUUCAUGCUGCACCGCAUGCCCGAUGAGAGCGUGAGUACUCGAAAUGAUAGGGACCGGCUGUUGAGGCUCGUGAAAGGCCUCUCCCCCAAUGUGGUGACCCUUGUUGAGCAAGAAUCCAACACCAACACUGCUCCAUUCUUCCCGCGAUUUCUGGAAGCACUCGACUACUAUACAGCCAUGUUCGAGUCAAUCGACGUGACGCUCCCAAGGGAAUACAAGGAGCGAAUCAACGUUGAGCAGCACUGCCUGGCAAGAGAUGUUGUGAACGUCAUAGCCUGCGAGGGGACCGAGAGAGUAGAGCGGAAUGAACCGCUUGGCAAGUGGAAGUCGAGGUUCAAAAUGGCAGGGUUUACUCCUUACCCUCUGAGCUCUUUGAUUAAUGCCACCAUUAAAACACUGCUCAAGAACUAUAGUGAUGGAUACAGGCUUGAAGAGAGGGAUGGAGCCCUCUAUCUUGGCUGGAUGAACAGAGAUUUGAUCGCUUCUUGUGCAUGGAAGUAAGGAGAGAGAGAGAGAGAGAGAGAGUGCUUCAUCUGUUUUAGCUUCUAAUAGUUGAAAAGAAUAGGUUCCCCUCAAGUGUACAACUUCUUUCCAUCCAACUGACUGCUAGUUUCAUUGAGACCAUUCUCUUUUACCUUGUUCUAGCUGGUUCUGUCUUCUCAUUUUCAAGAGCUCCUAA